UCAUUAUUUCAAUCCGCGCCAUUCUUCGAUAGCGCGUUUGUGCUUGUCAGGGUGUUUGCGUCGAUGGCAUCGUUCGCACGGUUUAUCACGUCGUUUUACUGACCUUGCAAUGGUGUAGCACAAACACCGAAUCGCGGAUUUCGCUCGACACUUGUAGUUGCAGUGCGGGAAUGGGUCGACAGCGCGACAUGACUGGUGCGGGGUUUGCCUUGUCGGCGGUGAUCGUGCUUUGGAGUGCGCCGGGUCGUGUCGUGGGAUCCGCCGUACUUCUGGAGGAACAUCGCGUCUACUCGUCGCCGCAGAAGUACGACUACGUCGGGGGCAUCGAUGUCUACUGCUGGGAGCCACCACACGACGCCCUGAGCUACCUCGAUGUUUUCAGGACAGCCGCGGUCGAGUUUUCCGUCGCCCCCGAUGACCUGCAACUGUUCACCGGUGAAGAUGAGCAGACCGUGCAGCAGAAGUACUUCCACAGUGGCGUCGAUUUUUCCUUUUUGGGGACGAAAUUGCAGCGCAAGGUCAGCUUUCUGAACCGUCGCCACCGCCGCUGCCUUGGCGUGUUUUCGAGAGGCGCUUACGAGUUCGCGUUCGUGCGCAGUGUCAACCAUCGGGGCAUCGCUCAGUUCUGCUUCGGCAUCGUCGCUUUCUUCGUGGCCCCCGUCGUUUCCCGUAGCGCUGUCGUUUUCUACACCUGCGGCACCAGCAUCGGCGUCUUCGCGUUCCUUCUGAUCGCGGUGUUCCUCGUGAGUCGCUUGCUCCCGCGCAGGGCCGCAGGCUACGCCCUCGUGCUUUUCGGCUGGUCGCUGGUCGUGUCGUGGCUCGAGUUCCUCUGGUCAAACGUGCAGGACGUUGUGGAGAACUACCGACAUUUCGUCGUCUGCUACGUCGUCGGUUCGGCUGCCUUGAGUUUCGCCGUCUGCUAUCGUGUUGGACCGCCGAGCAACCCUCGAACGCUUAACUUGAUUCAGUGGUCGCUGCAGUUGGUCGGUUUGGCCUGCGUCUACUUUUCGUCUGACAGGAGCGACGUGAUGGCGGGCGUGGUAGUUGUUAUGGCGUCGACAUACCUGGUGCUGUCCUUGUCGCGCAGGCCUCCGGCCUCAAACGCCAACGGCUCGACACCUACCGUACUGUUGACACCUGCUGUCGAACAGGGCGCAACGCCGACAGAUUCGCCAAGAGCGUCGAGCUGCACACACUUCGGUGACGAUGGCAUGUGGACUAUAGUUACGAAGAUUCGGGCUCCCCAAGCUAAGAAAAUCGCGAUGUGCAUCCGUGCUGACGACGGCAUACGCUCGCCGAGACAGUGGGUGACGGUGUCGGAACGUGACAUGCUCGACAAUAGUGGGGACGAGUUUGACCAUUUCCUCGAGGAACCAAAUGUAGAUGAGCCCGACAACACGGAUUGAGUGCAGUCAUAACCUUGGUGGUUAUAUCUCACGAGUUGUAUAUCGGAGCGGUGCAUUGAUCUUAACACAACGUACUAGGUGAUCUGUUAACUUGAAUGCUCAAUUUUACCGCGGCGGCCCGUUGUUCGGGACCACCUUGGUUGAACGUGCGGGUACAUUUUUUCCCCCGCAUACCUGGCCAAGUUUUCCCGAUAAAUUUCCUCACUGAUCUGCUUUGUUUGUACUGUACUUCAAUGGAAACAUCAGCAACUGGCUAACCGCAUAUUUAUUAUAUAAGAAAAUUAGUUUAAGAUUGUUGAGAAUUGGUGCUGUGUGAAAGUUUGUACAAUGCAUACCCAAAGAAAAACGUUUUAUGGUUGUAU